AUGGAUGAAAGUGAAAAUGCUGUGAUGGAAGGCAGUCGGCAGACACGGGGUGACGAUAACAAUGAAGGGAUAUAUGCAAAAGAAAACGUUACGCAUAAGAAUGAGAAAGAUGAGCUUCGGACUGAAGACGGAUGUGGUAUCCGUGCAAGUGAAACUCCUCAGAUUGCGCAUGAAAAAUUUGACUCCUCGGAGCACGCUGCAGUAGCAGCAAAGGAUGGUGAAGAAGCAGUUGUAGACAAAACAUGUUCGCAGUCUGGGAUAAGUAAAAAUGGAAGUUUUGGUACUGAACAUUUCGAUGCUAUUAAUCAGAGUGUUCAAGAAAAUCAAUAUAAUGAUGAAGGUAGUACUGGAAAGCAAAGCUCGUCAGAAAUAUCGGAAAAUAAGGUUGUCGAAACUACUCAUGACAGUUCAGAGACAGCAGAAGCUCGAAAUAUUUAUAAUGCUGGAAAGUCGCAUUCACAAGUUCCGAAACACUAUGUCCCUCCAGGUUGGAUAUAUCACGGCGAAAGUGAUGGAUAUCGAUAUUAUAUAGGUUGUGCAGGAGAGUUACAUUUUCUGCUUGCUGUAGUGAGCGGUCGGUUGGCCAUGCGUUUCUUUAACUCUAGGGCAUUCAUACGACCAAAUAUCCAUCGUCAUAUUACAUUUUCGAUGUAUUCGGUGGAUAGAGAUGGCUACUGGUACAUGCAGGAUGGCAGUGGCAAUUUUAUCCCAUACAAUGGUUAUCAAUAUAAUCGCGGAACACACAGUUCUAUAUUUCCACGUGAUAGUCAAGGACGGUUCAUUUUGCCAACAAAUGCGCGUGGUGAAAAAGCUUUUCCAGUGGAUACAAAUAAUAUGCCAAUUUUCCCGUUCGAUACAACAACUCAUUUGCCUACUUUUCCUGUAGAUGAAAACGGGCAACCUGUGUUUCCAACUGGUGCUCUCGGCAGACCCAUUGUACCGAUCGAUACAAACGGCUUGGCUAUAUUUCCACGUGAUGCAAAUGGUCGAUUCAUAUUUCCUUCUGGGCCGAAUGGCAGGCCCACAGCACCUGUGAAUAUCUAUGGUGUUCCAGUAAUGCCGUUGGAUGAACAGGGAAAGCCAGUAGUACCGUACGAUGCGAGUGGAACACCUCUCAUUCAUUUAGCCAGUGAUGGUAUGACUCCUCUCACUGAAGAAGAAUAUCAGUACUCUUUGCAGUGGAACGACUAUUACAAUCGUUAUUAUAAGAACACCGCAGAACAAAAAGUAAGCAGUUCAAGUCAUUCUGAAGUGCAACCGACUGCUACGAACGACACGUAUGAGCAGAAAGCGAAGAAUAUGAAAUUGCUAAAAAAGGUUCGGCCUGAAGACAUUGAUUUGCCGCCGUGUGUCCCACCUCCACCAUCAACACAGCCUCCACCACCAGUUUCAGAUGGAUCUGCUUUAUCUGGUGAUGUGGAGAAAAAAGCAACUCCUGACCCUGCUUUGAAGGCAAAAACCAAAAAAAUGAUUGAAAUGCAACUAAAAUUCUCACGCAAAAAGUUUCGUGAUGUAGCUCAUUCCUCAGUUGCAGUGUUGCCCUCUAAUGAAUCGAUAAAUACAUCCGCUGAGCAUGCACUAUUACCUCGACAGCCAAGCGAUUCGCCGGAAAAUAUUGGCAAAAUAGAAUCACCAAAGGAACGGCCUCCUCCUCCUCCGACGCAUGCUCCAACACCAGACCUAUCCAUAGCUGUAGAACCUGAUAAUACUGAAGUUAUUAAGUCAUUUAAUAUGGCACUCACUAGUUCACCGAAAUCACUGGAUUCGCAGAUUAUGCAAAAACUGGGCAGAAAUUUUAGUGAUGAUUUAGAAGUGAAGAUGCAAAACGCCGUCCUGCAACCAGAACCUGCUCCAGUUAUUAUGAAUAUACCAGGCAAAGAAGUCAGAACAUGUGGUGGUGUGGAAAACUUUGAAAAUCCGAAAUUAUUCCCAGAUUUGUGUGGGAAUUUAAGAAAUGAAUUUCAAGCGAAUAGUGAAGCCUUCGGAAAAGUGAUUACGACGAAAUUAGAUGAGCGAAUGUCUGGAUCGGGGAAUGAAUUCAUUUCUGCAAAGCAGCCGAAGUUUGUUUUGACAGACAGUCCGGUUAAGCUGAACGCUGUCUCAGAAAAAGAGCCGCAAGAUAAAGAAGAUAUUGAGGAAGAAAAGGUGGCAACAAGAACAAGGCUAUCUGUCGGCUAUGAGUCAAAAAUCGAAAAUCAGGUAUUGCGAAAACGUGAUGACAACGAUGAAUCUAUUUCGAUUUCACGUGAAAAACGUUCCGAGAAAAAGAUGCGCCAUCGUGAUGGGUCGAAAGGGAAAAGAAGAAAACGAAGAAGUGAAAGCAGGCAUAGACGCUCACGAAGUCGAUCAUCAUGUCAUGAUUCACAUCGUAGAAGUCGUUCUCGAGGGAUAAAACACAGAAGCCGAACUCGUAGUCGUACACCACGUGAUCAUUACUAUCGUAGCAGAUAUCGGUCUAGAAGUCGAGAUCGAUUUUACAGACAUGAAGGUUCUCACUAUGAUCGUCGUAGUUACCGACGUUAUUGGACCCCUGAAGCUGAAGAAAGAUAUCCAUAUCGAAGACGUCAUUCCUCCUCUAGAGGCAGAUCUUCACGACAUGAAAGGAGUACAAGCCGGGAUUUAACGCCAGCAGGUGACAAAUCAAGCAGAAGCCGUAGUUAUUACGAACAGUCAAAAAGUCGGACUGAAUCACCAAUUGCUUCGCGGCACUCCUCCGUUGCACGUUCUGGUUCACAAUGUAAGACUACAGAUAGUCGUAAUCGGAGCUCUAGUCGCCAUAAUUCUCCGGAAAUCAUAGAGCAUAAAUCUGGAAAAUCACCAGAACUAGCUGAAGAUCUGGAAUCUAUUGAGGAUACUGUUGAUGUGCACAAAUCAUCCCAUCACUCAGCAAGCCCCGGCAGUGAAAAGAGUUCGGUAAAAGAGCUGGACAUGUCAGAUAAAAAAUCAAAGAAACACAAGAAAACCAAAGAAAAGCAUAGAAAAAGAAAAAAGAGUCACCACAAGAAGAGAGAGAAGAGAAAGUCAAGCCCGUUUAUGGUUGAAAGUGAAUUAGAUGACAAGUGGAAGACGUCGUCAGUCCUGUCGAAAGAAGCAGAUUUGAAUGUGAAUGUAUCCUUAAGUCAUUUUGAGGAUGAAAGAGCAGAAGUAUCUUGUAUUACGAAAAAAGAACUGAAUGAAUGUAAAAAUGAGAGAGCAAAAAAGAAGAAAGAGAAAAAAAAGAAGAAAGAACGUCGCAAUACUAGCACAGAAAGAAAUGUUGUCACGAAGAAGAUCUCAAACGAAACGCUGGAAGAUGGUGAAAUCAUAACGGGAAAGGAUACAUCACCAAGAACAAGGGAAAAAGUGGUUAAUUAUGCAACGUCUGAAUCAGAAGAGGAAAACAGUAAUGCAGGAGAAUGGAAAAAACCUGCUGAACAACUAGCCGAAAACUGUAAUACAAAAAGUAUUUCUCCUACAGUGAAUUUCACAGUGAACUCUAAAGCGACAGAGAGUGCUAUCAAACUUAGAGAGGAUUUCAACAGUGCUGGCAUUAUUCGAUCAUCAGUUUUGUCAUUCGAUUUUGUUGAUGAGAUAUUGAAGGUUCCUGGUGAUAAUGCCAAUAUUUCUAACUUGGAAAAGAAAGCGAAACAAAAUUAUGAGCCGGUGAAUCCUAAAAAAGAAACAAAAAUUACAGUAGAUCUCGAAGAUGAUGGGAUUUCAAGUAAACUUAAAGAUUUGAACAGCGACUUCAAUGAAAUUACUGCUCGAGAAGCAGAAAAACUGAAAUCGGGUAAUAUCGCGGAGGCAAUGAAUAAGUUGAAGGAACUGCGCGGAUAUGUCAAGUCGAAAGUGACCGUUUCAAAUUCGGCCACUGAAACAGAAGUAAUAAAAGAAUUUAAUCAACCAAGUGGUAAUGAUUCUACAUUUACUGGGCACAGUUUAGCCGAUGUUCCGUUACCAAAAGGAGUGCAAGUGGCAGUUGAUGUUAUGGAACGAACUGAACAAAUUGCGACACCUGAAAUUCGAGUCCAAGAAGCCUGUACAAGUGCUAAGAUAGAUUUAAAGGAUAGGGAUGUGAGGAGAAAAAAAGAAAUGCUUAAACGAAAGUGGGAAGAGGAUGAAGAAGAUGAAUUGAGCAGAUUAAGAUAUGAAGCAUUGCGAAGCAAAACAAGAAGGUUGAUGAACGAUCUAAGGGCUGAACGGCGUCGUCUAAAAAGAGAGCGCCUACGUGCUACUAUCGCAAUGCGGCGAGCUCGUGAGCGAUCGGUUGACACUAGUGUUGAUGAAAUUUUGCUUGCCGAUACUUCAGACAGUAGCGAAACAGAUGAUUCGGAGGACUAUUCAUCUUCACAUAAGAGGAAAUUGCUGAAACGAAAACGAUAUGCUGGAAGAGAAGCUGUCAUUAUGCACUCCAACCAGAGUAAGCUAUGUGAAUUUAAACAAUGUAUUAAUGAUGAUGCCGAUAUCAAGGAGUAUCAGAAUGCAUUGAGCAAUGAUAAUAAACAACGGCUAGAAUCUAGUGCACCGAACACUUUGAUUUUGGAACUUCAACAACGUAUAGGUGGAUCGAAUGAGAGUGCAUUGGCAUUGUUAGAACAGCUAAAGAAAUGUUUAACUGGUGGAGCGGUAAGCUCGAAUAUACAUCUCAAUCCAGAAAUAAUUAGAAAGAAUACUUAA